AUGGUGGAGGUGUCGGACUUCGAGAAGGAUAAUUUCGCAGAUCUGGAUCCCCGGUGGAUUCAUGCUCACAGAUCAGUCAAGGUGUUGAAGGAGAAGAUUGCGACAACGCCUAUCCUAUGUCACUUUGAUACGGAUCGACAAGCUGUGGUGGUUGUAUAUGCCAGUGAUUGGGCGAUCUCCGGUGCAGUGAUGCAAGAGUAUGAUCAAAUCUACUAUCCAGUGAUGUUCCCGAGUCGUACGUUGAAGUCCGACGAGUUAAACUACGGGAUCGUGGAGAAAGAGGUGUUGGCAUUGUUGCGGACCCUGGAUCUCAACUAUAAUACUUUGGUUGUGAGGUCGAUCCAAGUGCUGACACGACACUCUACACUGGCUUGGUUGUUUAGAUCCAAUGCAUUACUAGGUCGUCUGGGACAGUGGGCCGCUUUUUUCAUUCUGGAUCCUCGAGAUCGUCAAGGCGAGGAUGAGAUUCAGGGCACAUUAGCAGCCAGUAUCACUCCCAGAUCCGAAGUCGACAAAGCACUGAUCUCGAUCACCCCGAAGAAGGAGCCGAGACGCAAUAUCCAAGCCCCGAUCCCGACAGUGAGAUCAGAUGAGGAUCUGUAUGUCACUAGCUUCGACGGAUCUGCCCGUGUCAAGCGAGAUGGAGGCGUCUACAGCGCAAUCCUGUGGAAAUUACCUGAGUGGACUGUGGUGAAGGCCAGAUCCGGCUAUACCGAAGGUUUACCCGUCAAUGAGGCCGAAUAUCACGGCCUUUUCUUAUGUCUUGACUUGCUAGAAGGGACGGAUCCGCUACGACUGGUGAUCUGUGGCGACUCAAACUUGGUGAUCCGCCACGUUAGAGGUGAAAUCGACUGCAAGGCGCAUGGAUUGACAUUACUAAGACAGAAGGCGUUGGACAGACUGCGGAUCCGGCCGGAUCAUGAGUUGGUACAUGUGAAACGGGAUUGGAACGGAAGUGCAGAUAGUCUGGCUAGUGCCGCAACGACAAUGUGGAGUCGAGAUCGAAACCAUAGCGAGAUCCAGGAUCUGAUCACAUUGAACCGACUGGACGAGAUAUUGGUGGAUGCGGCAGUGCAGAUCUCAGCCGUUACAAGUAGAUCAAAGGCUAGAUCUGGCGUGAGAUCGGGAUCCAACCCCCCGGUACUGCGCGAGGAAGUGAUCAGAGAGCUCAGGAUCGAGCGGAUCCGACAGGCUCAGGACGAGGCGGCGUGGAUCCACGGUUUGAAGCAGUAUCUGACUGGUAAAGUACGCGAUCUGACACAGGAAGAGGCCAGAUCUUGCGUAUCCAUCGCCAUGAAUUAUGAAGUGGAUCAGCAUGAGCUCCUUUUCUAUUGCCCUACUACGAAAGAAUCAGCUGCGGAUCGGGACAAACUCAUGCGACUGGUAUUAUCUGAAACGUUGCAUCAAGAUCUUCUACACCAUUAUCAUACCAGUCUCCAAGGUGGACAUCAGGGGAUCGGCCGUACUUACGAUCGGAUCCGGGAUCAUUUUCACUGGAGAGGAUUAUAUCGGAGUGUGCAAAGAUAUGUCGGUGAGUGUAUUGACUGCGAGACCGGAAAGGGGCGACCUCGGAUCCAGGGCGAAUCGCUGGGUAAUCUUCAAGCGACCUAUCCAUUCCAGAUCAUCGCUAGGGAUCACAUCCCUUCAUUGCUCAGAUCUUAUAAAGGUAACACUGAGUUGUUGAACUUCGAGGAUCUCUUCUCUUGUUAUGUGAUCGCCAAAGCGAGCGGAUCCAGGACGGCUCAGACUCUGGUAGAAUCCAACUAG